AAUUUAAUUUUACUUUCAUCGUAAUAUUUUGAAGGUCGUGGGAUUUCGGACGGAUCAAUUAAAAAUGGAUAAGCUUCUCCUUUUUAGAUUUAGACCUUCAAUAAGUAUACUAAGAAGAUUUAUGUGUACACCUCAAGGCGGAGCAAACCAGCCUACAAGCAGAGACAGUCCUAUAGGUGCAAGAUACAGACCAAAUGAAUUUCAAAAAUUUAUUCUUGUAUGGACUAAAAAGUACAAAAGCAAGGCUGAAAUACCGAAAGAAGUAUCUUUAGACUUAUUAGAGAGGACUCGAAGUGAAGCAAGAAUUAAACUUUCAAACUAUCUUAUACUCCUCACUAUUCUCGCUAGUGUAUAUGCUGUGUUUUCUGGUAAAGCUGCGGCGAAGAGAGGUGAAUCUGUCCAACAAAUGAAUUUAGACUGGCACAAACAAUAUGAAGAAGAUUACAAAAAGAAGCAAGAAGCUCAGAAAAAUUAAUCAUGUGUAAACUAAAAUAUUUUUUAAGCUGUGUUACUCCAAUAGAUAUAGGUUAAUAUUUAUUAUGAGACAUUAACACAACAUAUUAUAUAACUUAUGUAGAGAAAUAUAAUUUUUAAAAGCAAAA